AUGGCCGCCAUGAAGGGCAGCAUACGCCUCAUGUAUGCGACCUUGCCAGUGCGGUACGCACCGCUCACGGUGGUCGCCGUGGGGCUCUCCAUUUGCUCAGGCGCAAUACAACCGCUGAUGACUCGGAUCAUCGGCGACGCUUUCGACGCCUUUGCCAAGUUCAACCCAACUAGCUUGCCAAACGAUCAGAUUACACAAGAGAGGAGGGAUGCAUUGAUGUCAUCUGUAGCCACCUCCAUCUGGAGGCUCUGCGCUCUUGGCGUGGGAACAAUGAUACUCAGCACAUCGAUGAUCUCUGCGUGGAUUGCCUUGGGGGAGCGGGUAGCGAGUGGAUUAAGGCUGAAGGUCUACACCGCCUGCGAUCAAAAGCGCCUUGAUUGGUACGACUGCGACAUGGGCACAAAGAGCACAGGUCAGGAGGAUUCCGAGGACGGCACGGGAUUCGGUGCGGGUGGUCUGAUGGCUCGAUUCGCACGGUGAGUGGAUCUGCCCGUCCGCCAGAUCUUGGGAAGACGGAUAUCUGACAAUCCAACUCGCGCAUCAUGUCAGCGAAAUCGACGAUGUUCGGGUCGCGUCCUCGCAGACUUUUGGGCAACUUCUGCAGUACGUCGUGACGACCAUUGCCUGCGUCGUGCUCGCCCUGGCCAUGCGCUGGGACUUGACACUCGUCGUCUUGGCAUCUGUGCCCCUGACUGCGGUCAUCGCUAUCGCCUGCGAGGUAAUUGCAGCCAGCUCCCUCGCCGAAGAGCGCACUCUAUCUGCUAAGGCUAGUGGAAACGUAGAACGGGUGGUCAACGCGAUUGCGACAGUCAAAGCCUUCAAUGCGGAAGUCAGAGAGCUGCGCAAUUUUCAGCGCUUUCUUGCAAAGUUGCAAAGAGUCAAUCUCAAGAUUACCACCGUAUGGGCUGUGCGCACCGGCGCGACUUCCGGCAUUGCCCUCGCCAUGUUCAGCUCUGGCUUUGCUUACGGCAGUCAUUUGGUACAGAAGGGCGCAUGUUCGCCAGGCACAGUCAUGACCGUCUUUUGGAGUGCGUUGCUCGCAACCUCCCACCUUCAGCAGGUCAUUGACACCCUGAACAUCAUAGAGAAGGGCAAAGUCGCGAGCGCCAGUCUGCACGCGCUGUGCGCGGAAAGCCCCAGCCGAGGAUCAAAGACAACUAGCCAGCCUCCUGAAGAUAGGCCAGUGAAGAAAGUCGGGCACCAACAGGCACCAUCUGUCUCGUCUUUGCAGACAUCGCCAAGCUUUGUCAGCUCACCAGCAUACGACGAAUUCUCCUUCAUCGGCGCCAAGCCGGCCGCAGGCCCAUGUCACCCGCUCUCUCCGCGGCUGACGUCACCUCGAACAGCGGUACAGAUGAAAUUUCAAGAAAUACCUCAGGCAAGCCGACCGUCUAGCCCUGUUCAGAGCAUGCAUUCAGAAUACGGCUCCGAGUCCAAGUUGACGGUGCUACCCGCUAGAGGUCGAGGGCGAAGCAAACACCUCAGGCCCAGAAAAGUUGGGCCCGUCGCGGCUAUGCGCCGAAUCCGUCCAGAGAGAUGCUACGGAGAAAUCACACUGACCAAUGUUGGGUUCGCCUAUCCCUCGCGACCUGACGUUGCAGUGCUCAAGGGUGUUUCGAUGUACUUCGCUGCAGGCGAGACCACUUACGUCGUAGGAGCUUCUGGGAGCGGCAAGUCCACCAUCGCACAACUCUUGAUGCGGCAAUACGAAAUCGAAGAUGGAAGCAUUCAGCUGGACGACCAAGACAUCACCUUUCUUGACGCGGAUUGGGUGAGAGGCAAGAUGGCAAGUGUCGAUCAGACGCCUAUCGUCUUUGACCUGAGCGUGCAUGAAAAUGUUGCGCUGGGGCUCUGCGGCCUCCUCAGCGAGUCCAACGAACAAGUCAGUGGUGUUUCCAAUCACGUACCUGCGGUGCCGCGCGAGGACGUCAUCGCAGCAUGUCGAACCGCCCUGCUGCACGAGUUUAUCAUGUCGCUCCCUGACGGCUACGACACUCAGCUAGGAGCCCGCGGAGCAAGUCUUUCCGGCGGCCAGAAACAGAGGCUCAGCAUCGCGCGAGCAAAGCUUCGAGAUCCGAGCAUUCUCAUGUUAGAUGAAGCGACCAGCGCACUAGACCCCAAAAGUCGGCUCUUGGUCAACGAGGCUGUCAAAGCGUGGAGACGUGGUCGCACGACAAUCAUCAUCACGCAUGAUCUCUCAAGCCUGGGCGAUGAGGACUUUGUAUAUCUGAUGCACGACGGCCAGAUAGCUGAACACGGCUUCUGUGGCGAUCUUCGCACCCGUGCGGGUCCCUUCAGCGAGCUCGCUAAAAAGCAAUGUCUCGCGAUGAAAACAACUAGUAUCGACGAAGCUCUCAUCAGUCCCACCGGCCUGGAUCAGCGCGCCUCACUAGCUUUGGAGUCUCUCAAAAUUAGCCCUGACCAUUCAAGAGCUGCCAUGUGGGGUCAGAGGCUGAGUAUGCUGGCCUUGCCGCCAAAUGCAGUCGCGCGGGACAGUCGACAGUGGCCUAGAACGGUGACAACGUCCACUGGCGCGGAUAGCGUCACACUCAGCCAAGAUAUCAACAAGCAUGAUGCCUUGCAUGGACUCCGACCCCUGCAACUCGCACAGCAACAGCAGCACCGCACCUUCGAGGAAGACAUCGAGGUGGUAGAAUGCCUUCAAGCUGCUGGCGAAUACGUCAGCGCUCGCCGACCGCUUCGAAUAUCUGAUGCGUCACAAGACGAGAGCAUGUUUCGGCGCAAACGCUGGGAUCCUGAGGAGCUUAGCAUCGCAGCAAGUGAGAAGAGCCACUUUUACAGCAAAGAUGAUGUUGUCACCGCGAAUGCACGAGAUACCGCAGUGGAUCUCAGCGGGGCAUUAGAAGUGCCCGAGGUGGCCCCGGUCUCUAUACGCGAGGUGGUCAAGAGCGCGUGGCAUCACCAGCCUUACAAGGUUCUGCUUAUAUUUGGGCUGACGACGUGCAUUGCAGCGGGAGUCGUGCCUCCAAUCUUUUCAUUUGUAUUGGGAAAGCUUUUGGCCACCAUGGGAAAGGUCGACCAAGGCAGCGAAGUCAUCAAAUUCGCGCUCAUCGUGCUCGGUCUAGCGUUCGUUGAUCUCCUCUUUCGCUUCCUAUCCUUCUUCACCAUGGAGUUCAGUGCCGACUUGUGGGUCCGCCAGCUACGAGAGCUCGGGUUCCGACAAAUGGUUGCUCAAGACAAGGCAUGGUUUGAUCAGCCAGUCGCAGCUGCCGGAGUCAUCGUCACGCAACUUGUCAAAGACGCAGACGAUGCGCAGGCUUUUAUCAGUCGCAUCGCGGGCCACCUUGUGCUCAUCGCGGCCAUGGUGCUGCUUGCAUUCGUCUGGGCGCUCGCCGUGGGCUGGCAGCUCACUUUGGUGGGCGUUGCUCUAGCACCCGUCUUCAUAGUCGCCGUCGCGCUUCAGUCAAGAGUCGUCACGAAACACGAAGUGCGCAACAAGACCAAAAGAGAGGCAGUUGCCAAGCGAUUUUACGACAUGGUCGCAAACGUCAAGGGUAUAAGAUCCAUGGCCCUUGAGCCAGUAUUUCGUGCCAACUUUGUUGAUGCCGUCAAGGAGGCAGAGCAAUGCGCGCUCAGAGCCGCUCCAGUCUCUGGCUUUGGCUUUGGGCUGGCAGAAGCGCUGACCUACCUCUCGGAAGCUCUGAUGUACUUCGUCAGCGCGGUGCUAGUCUCGCGAGGCAUCUACGACCUGGAGAGGAUGAUGAUCGUCUUCAACUUGAUCAUCUUUGCGGUAACAUUCGCUGGCCAAAGCAUGGCAUGGCUGCCCGGCUUGUCCAAGUCUGUCCAAGCAGCAGGUGACCUCAAGCGAUUGGUCGACUUGCCCGGUACGUCGAGCGAAACUUCUGGUCGAUCGAUGCCACAUGUACAGGGCACGCUUCUUUUCGACAAUGUAACUUUCUCAUACCCACUGCGGCCAAAUGUACCUGUGCUGCAAGGUAUCACGCUCAACAUCAGACAGGGCGAGCGAGUCGCUCUCGUAGGCGACAGCGGCUGCGGCAAGUCUACCGUUGCUGCCCUUCUUCAGAGGCUUUACGAGCCUGAAGGUGGCCGCAUCCUUCUGGAUAACCGACCCGUCAGCGACAUCGACACGCGGUAUCUCCGAGAACAUCUCGCGGUUGUGAGCCAGCACCCGAAUCUUUUCGACGCGACAGUGAGCGAGAAUAUCGCGUAUGGGGCUAGCGGUGGUACGCCGACGAGCGUCACUCAGUCCGGCCUCGAGAGAGCGGCUCGACGUGCGCAUGCCGACACUUUCAUCCGCGCGCUGCCAUCGGGCUACGAGACCGCCUUGGGUGAGAAUGCCGGGCGAGUGUCGGGUGGACAAGCGCAGAGGCUUGCUAUCGCUCGCGCGCUUGUGCGGCAGCGAGCUCGCAUCUUGAUCCUCGACGAAUGCACCAGCGCGCUCGACCCGGUCUCCCAGGAGGCAGUUGCGAAUGCUCUGCUUGGAAAAAGAGGCUCACCUCAGGAUGUCUGCAACACGCUGACGACGCUGGUCGUGACGCACAAAGUGCAGAUGAUGCAGCGGUGCGAUAGGAUCAUCGUGCUGGAGGGCGGACGAGUUGUAGAGCAGGGUCCUUACGAAGAGCUGAUACGACGCCGAGGACCCUUUGCUACCCUCGCUAGCGGCGGCAAGUGGGAUGCGUGA